AUGAAAAUGUUAACACAAUGACUAUUCUAUCAACACUGUCUCCAACUUUUUAUCUGAUCUUAUUUACCAUUCCUUUUCGCUUGUGAUAGUAUUUUAUUAAAAACAUGUUUUAAAAUCAUUUAUUUUUUAUUUCUUUCAUCGCUCUCCUCUCUCUCUAUAUCCCCACUUCAAAGCUCACCGAAACCAAGCACACGAAGCUGUGGUUUGGCUCUCAUCCCCUGUUGCCAUUACUUUAUCAUUAUGACAUGUCAACCCCAAUUCUCAACUCCACAAUGCUCCAUCCCAGUAGCCGAGUUGUUGGCGGAACCGAGAACAGCUGGUGCCGUGCGGUGCUGGAUGGCACUGGCAUUGCUGUCUUGGCCCUCCUUAUUUCCAAAAACCCCGACCUUUCACGCCUCCGUAGUGCGCUCCACAAGCUACAGAAUUCCCACCCCAUUCUUAGGUCUAGGCUCCAUUACAACCCUGCUUCCAACACUUUCUCCUUCGUUACGCCUCCUUCGCCUUUCAUUCAAAUCAACUCCUUUAACCAUUCCGCAACUUCCAACAUCCUCGAAAAUCUUUACGGCCAAGAAACCCAGAACGUUACACUCCUUCAUUUGAUUCUUGAACACGAACUUAACCAAAAUUCUUGGCUUGCUUCUGAUCAUAAGCCGAGUAGCCCUUCAUUUAGCACCAAAAAUGAUGUGUUACUCGCCAGUGUUUACGCCUUGCCUGGUGCAAAGUGGGUGGUAGUGCUCCGCCUGCAUGCCGCCGCAUGUGACAGGACUACUGCAGUGUCAUUGCUGCGAGAGUUGCUAACAUUAAUAGGUAGGGAAGAAGAGGAAACGACGCCGCAGAGGGAAGAAAAGGAAACCAUGAUGAACAAAGGAGAGGUUAGUUUGGCGAUCGAAGAUCUUAUUCCUAAGGGGAAAACCAAGAAAAAUGUUUUGGCACGAGGAAUCGACAUGCUUGGCUACUCUGUUAAUUCUUUCAGGCUCACAAAUUUAAAGUUCAAAGAUGCAAAGUCUUCCAGAUCUACCAAAGUAGUGAAGUUGCUGAUCAACCCUGAUGACACCGAGAGGAUCUUGACUGGUUGCAAGGCAAGAGGGAUUAAGUUGUGUGGUGCAUUAGGAGCAGCUGGGCUGAUUGCUGCACACAAUUCUAAAUGCUGUUCAGAUCAUCAAAAAAAGAAGUAUGGAGUUGUAACACUCACAGAUUGCCGCUCCAUCCUUCAACCUCCUCUCUCCAAUCUCAAUUUCGGAUUUUACCACUCAGCUGUUCUAAACACGCAUGCCAUCAAAGGAGGAGAGAAGCUGUGGGACUUGGCAAAGAAAACAUACACAUCGUUUGCGAACUAUAAGAAGUGCAACAAACACUUGUCAGACAUGGCAGAUUUGAAUUUCUUGAUGUGCAGGGCCAUGGCAAACCCUGGCUUGACUUCCUCUGCAUCCUUAAGAAUUUCUUUGAUAUCAGUGUUCGAAGACACCGUGAUCGAUGAGUCCAAUGACCAGCAAAAACUAGUUGGUGUAGAGGACUACAUGGGGUGCGCUUCCGGUCACGGCAUCGCCCCUUCCAUUGCCAUUUUCGACACCAUCCGCGACGGAUGGCUGGAUUGCAUUUGCGUUUAUCCUUCGCCAUUGCAUUCGAGGGAGCAAAUGAAGGAGCUGGUUGAUGCUAUGAAGUGCAUUCUCGUGGAUGCAGGGAACAAUAAUGGUACUGCUGAAAUAAUUAAACCAUAGACUAUAUGAGGCUUAUAAAUGUCUGUUGUUUAAAGCCUGAGAGCCAACUAUGGCCCUCUACAAAUCGCGUUUAUCCUUCCACAUUUACAAUUACAAUGUUCCCCUUUCAUAUCAAUUACAGUUCAUUGUGGUUGAAGAA